AUGAAGGUCGUGGCGCUCGUGAGCGGAGGCAAGGACAGCAUCUACUCGCUUCUCAAGUGCGAGCAGCAUGGCCACGAGAUCGUCUGCCUCGCGACGCUGCAGCCGCCGGCCGCCAACGCCGAAGUCGACUCGUUCAUGUUCCAGUCCAUUGGCACGCACGUCGUCGCGAGCAUCGCCGCCUGCAUGGAGCUGCCGCUGGUCAUGCACACGCUGCGUGGGCAGUCGCUGGCCACCGAGAUGGGCUACGCGCCGACCGAGGGCGACGAAGUUGAAGACCUCUACGCGCUGCUCGCCGAGGUCCAGCGCCAGUACCCCGACGUCGAGGCCGUCAACACGGGCGCGAUCUUCUCCAACUACCAGCGCACACGCGUCGAGAACGUGUGCGCGCGCUUAGGGCUCACAUCCGUGGCGUACCUCUGGCGCAAGGAGCAGGACGAGCUCAUGCAAGAGAUGAUCGACGCCGACUUGCACUCGAUCGUCGUCAAGGUCGCAUCCAUGGGGCUGCAUCCGCGCAAGCACCUCGGCCGCUCCAUUGCGGACCUCUACCCGACCUUUCUCGACCUCCACGAAAAGUACCAGUUCCAUAUCUGCGGCGAAGGCGGCGAGUACGAGACCCUGACGCUCGACUGCCCGCUCUUCAAGAAGCGCAUCGUCAUUGACGCGGCGCGCAUCGAGAUCCACGCCGACGACAUGUUUGCGCCCGUCGGUCUCUACUGCAUCGACGCUCUGCACCUCGAAGACAAGACCGCCGACGCCUUCCCGCCGCCGCCGCCGAGUGCGUCGUCACCGCACCCCGGUGACGCGCCGGCGAUGCUUGUGCCCCGCGCGCUGCGCCCGGCCUUGCCGCACGGACGCGCUCGCAGCCGAAUCUACCGCAACCAAAUCAUGGUCUCGGGCCUUACGUGCGCCGACCAGACGCUGCCGCUGCCCGACCAAGUGCACGCGAUCUUUGCGACACUCCAAGACGAGCUCCGCUUGCACGGCGCGGGCUUGGGCAAUGUGCUCUUUGUGCACAUUUACGUCCAGGACAUGGCGCAGUUUGCGGUCUUGAAUGCGGUCUACGGCUCGUACUUUCCGGGUCUCUUGCCGCCCUCGCGCAGUUGCGUCCAAGUCGACAUGGCAUCCGCCGUCCAGCUCGACUGCCUCGCGCUCCGUGGCGCCGGCGCGGACCCGUUCCAGCUCACUGCGACGCAGCGCGACGUGCUGUACAUCCAGAGCCUCAGCGAGUGGGCGCCCAUGUGCAUUGGCCCGUACAGCCAGGCGACGACGAUUGCACGGAGUGUCGUGUGCUGCGCCGGACAGAUCCCGCUCGUGCCCGAGACCAUGACGCUGCUACCGUCGACGUCGCCGACCGCCAACCUCCACCUCAGCUUCCGCAACGGCGUCCGGGUCCUCGAAGCCGUCGACUCCAACUUGCGCCACGUCGUCUCGACGCUGGUCUACCAUACGUACACGUCCGGCGUCGGCGGCGCGCUCGCAGACUUGAGCCGCGAGCAGCUGCAGGCCAACGCCGCCCAUCUGGACGCGUAUGCGCACGACCUCGACAGCGACGAGAGCGACGACGAGCACGACAAGACGACCCAGCGGCUCGCACUGGCCACGCGGUCCCCGAUCGCAGUGGUGGCCGUGCCGAUGCUGCCCAAGGCGGCGCCGGUCGAAGUCGAGCUCCUCGCACUUACGCACAAGGCGUACGCGACGUUUGCGCCGACGACCUUUCAUUGCGAGUCGGACGGACUACGCAGCGACGUGUCGGUCCUGGCGCGCAAAUUGGCAGUCGGGUUUCUCUUUGUGGCGCCGGAUGCGACGGGCGACGUGUGCGCAGCGCUGCGCAAGCUCCUCGCGCGCGCGCAGCUGACGUGGCGCCACCUCCUGCACUUGCGCGUCCAUCUCGUCCACGACUUUGCACUGCCGUCAGGACUGGUGGACGUGGAUGUGGCGACAACGUUUGUGCCCGUCGAGCACAUUGCCGGUGACGCAGCGUGCGUCAUCCAGCUGCUGGCGAUGGAUGCCGAUCUGCUCGAGACCGAUCUCUGGCUGGCGCGCCAGCUCUAA